GGCAACAUCUUACAACGGAAGACAUUGUGAAUAACACGUUUUGCACAUUGUUUCCGUCGUCGGUUUUUGUUACUAGGAGAGAAAGCAUCGUUGAAAACUCGCUUGUUGCGCCGCGUGCAUUGCCGACGGCGCGUAGCCAAGUUUUUCUGCAUCUAUAUUGUUGAUCGGACGAAACUCGCUUCAAAAUGGUUAACUUUACCGUCGACGAAAUCCGUGGCAUGAUGGACAAGAAGCGGAACAUCCGCAACAUGUCCGUCAUUGCCCACGUCGAUCACGGAAAAUCCACCCUGACCGACUCGCUGGUGUCGAAGGCCGGUAUCAUCGCCGGUGCUAAGGCGGGAGAGACCCGCUUCACCGACACCCGUAAGGAUGAGCAGGAGCGUUGCAUUACCAUCAAGUCGACUGCGAUCUCCAUGUUCUUCGAGCUGGAAGACAAGGAUCUGGUGUUCAUCACGAACCCGGAUCAGCGCGACAAGGACUGCAAGGGUUUCUUGAUCAAUUUGAUCGAUUCACCCGGACACGUCGAUUUCUCGUCGGAAGUGACGGCUGCGCUGCGUGUGACGGACGGUGCUUUGGUGGUGGUAGAUUGCGUGUCCGGUGUGUGCGUCCAGACGGAGACGGUGCUGCGUCAGGCUAUCGCCGAGCGUAUCAAGCCGGUCUUGUUCAUGAACAAGAUGGACCGUGCUCUGCUGGAGCUGCAGCUGGAUCCUGAGGACUUGUACCAGACCUUCCAGCGUAUCGUGGAAAACGUGAACGUCAUCAUUGCCACUUACAACGACGACGGUGGCCCAAUGGGUGAGGUGCGCGUCGACCCGUCGCGUGGAUCGGUCGGUUUCGGUUCCGGUCUGCACGGUUGGGCGUUCACGCUCAAGCAGUUCGCCGAAAUGUACUCGGCCAUGUUCAAGAUUGACGUUGUGAAGCUAAUGAACCGUCUGUGGGGAGAGAACUUCUUCAACUCGAAGACCAAGAAGUGGGCCAAGACGAAGGACGACGACAACAAGCGGUCUUUCGUCAUGUACAUUUUGGAUCCCAUCUACAAGGUGUUCGAUGCGAUCAUGAACUACAAGGCCGACGAAAUCCCGAAGCUGCUUGAGAAGAUCAAGGUAACCCUGAAGCACGAGGACAAGGACAAGGAUGGCAAGGGUCUGCUGAAGGUGGUGAUGCGCACGUGGCUGCCGGCCGGAGAGGCGCUGCUUCAGAUGAUUGCCAUUCAUCUGCCGUCGCCAGUCGUCGCCCAGAAGUACCGUAUGGAGAUGUUGUACGAGGGACCGCACGAUGAUGAAGCCGCUGUGGCCGUAAAGAACUGCGAUCCCGAGGGACCGCUGAUGAUGUACGUGUCGAAGAUGGUCCCGACUUCGGACAAGGGUCGUUUCUACGCUUUCGGUCGUGUGUUCGCCGGUAAGGUAGCAACUGGCCAGAAGUGCCGCAUCAUGGGUCCGAACUUCACCCCCGGUAAGAAGGAGGAUCUGUACGAGAAGGCCAUCCAGCGUACGAUUUUGAUGAUGGGCCGUUACGUCGAGGCCAUCGAGGAUGUACCUUGCGGUAACAUUUGCGGUCUGGUUGGUGUCGAUCAGUUCCUGGUUAAGACCGGUACGAUCUCCACGUUCAAGGAUGCGCACAACAUGAAGGUGAUGAAGUUCUCCGUAUCGCCGGUUGUGCGCGUUGCCGUUGAACCGAAGAAUCCGGCUGAUCUGCCCAAGCUGGUGGAAGGUCUGAAGCGUCUGGCUAAGUCCGAUCCCAUGGUGCAGUGUAUCAUCGAGGAAUCGGGUGAGCACAUCAUCGCUGGUGCUGGUGAGUUGCAUCUGGAGAUCUGUCUUAAGGAUCUGGAAGAGGAUCACGCCUGUAUUCCUCUGAAGAAGUCCGAUCCCGUCGUCUCCUACCGUGAAACGGUUUCGGAAGAGUCCGACCAGAUGUGUCUGUCCAAGUCGCCGAACAAGCACAACCGUCUGUUCAUGAAGGCUGUGCCGAUGCCGGAUGGUCUGCCCGAUGACAUCGACAAGGGUGAUGUGAAUGCUCGUGAUGAGUUCAAGCAGCGCGCACGUUACUUGGCUGAAAAGUACGACUACGACGUGACAGAAGCCCGUAAGAUUUGGUGCUUCGGUCCGGACGGUACUGGCCCGAACAUCGUGGUUGACUGCACCAAGGGUGUGCAGUACCUGAACGAAAUCAAGGACUCCGUCGUAGCCGGCUUCCAGUGGGCGUCGAAGGAGGGUGUCCUUGCUGAGGAGAACAUGCGAGGUGUUCGGUUCAACAUCUACGAUGUGACGCUGCACGCUGACGCCAUCCAUCGCGGUGGUGGCCAGAUCAUUCCUACUGCACGUCGUGUGCUGUACGCGUCGUACAUCACGGCCUCGCCGCGCAUCAUGGAGCCGGUCUAUCUGUGCGAGAUCCAGUGUCCCGAGAACGCUGUCGGAGGUAUCUACGGUGUGCUGAACAGACGUCGUGGCCACGUGUUUGAGGAGUCGCAGGUCACCGGUACUCCUAUGUUCGUUGUCAAGGCUUACCUGCCUGUCAAUGAGUCGUUCGGCUUCACCGCUGAUCUGAGAUCCAACACUGGAGGACAGGCCUUCCCUCAGUGUGUGUUUGACCACUGGCAGAUCCUGCCGGGAGACCCAUGCGAAACCAGCAGCAAACCCUUCCAGAUUAUUCAGGACAUCCGCAAGCGUAAGGGUCUGAAGGAAGGCCUGCCAGAUCUGUCGCAGUAUUUGGACAAAUUGUAAAUGCUUGCGCAGCAAUAGCGGCAAGCAGCCACCAACCUUUAUGAUAUACCAAGUACAUUUAUAAAGAAAACAGCAGCGACAGUGAAGUCAACCGCAGCAGAAGCAGCAACAAAACAACAUUAACGUACAUGCAAAUUCAAAUCAGACACUAACGCAAGCAUAGCGGCAUGAUGAUUUAAUUUUUAAACCGAGCAGAACUAGCACUGAAACUGACAUCUCGCGAAAACAGUGUGCUGAUUAAAUUGAUGACGAUUAUGUGAAAAAAGUAUCAUGCUUCUCGAUUGAAGAUGGUUAAGAUGGAAAAGAAACAUCAAAUAGAGGAUUUGACGCCGCUGUGUUACAAACAGUGGAAUAACGUCGCGUAAAACAAUUGCUUGCUUUUACCUAAUUUAUAUGAUUACCUGGAAAAACGGGCAAACACAACGACCAGUUGACAAAUUCACUAUUUUGUUUGUGUUCCAGUAAUGCUCAUUUCAUAUUUUCGUUUUCUAUCAAUAAUGAACAAAAGAUAAAAAAAACAAGUUGUGUUGUUUUUCCACUCUUCGUUGUGGGACUGGGAUCGAGAGAGUCCGCUUUCUAGAGGAAUAGGGAUGAGAUGGGAGGGGGUAUUUGUGCAUCUUUUUCAGAUCUCUGCAUUUCAUCAUCAAUAGAACAGCGUUAAAGUGUAUGAAGGCUGUAACUUUUGGAGAGCAACAUUAUUUAAGGUGACGUGCCAAACAAUGAAGAGACAACAGUGGAUUAAGCUAACUAAACGAAUCUACCUCGGAGCUGGAAUAUUUCAAUUAGGAAUUUAUUGGUUUAACUGGGUUUGGCAUCUAUCUUUGGCAUUAUUGAGUAGGAAAAUCCACAUCAACACGUGGGACCUUGUGGGGCUCACAACGGAAAGAUAUCUAUUUUCUUGUAGAUAAAGGCGGAAUGUCGACCGAUGGUCCAUGGUGUCCAUUGUCCAAUGGUUCAUGGUGUCCAUUAAUUUCCAACGAUACGAUUUGAAUAUUCACUUCGCAAGUUCUACUUACAUAUAAUUUUUAUUUCAGUGCAUCUUUUUACUUACAAUUUCUUACCGAUUUAUUUGUUGAAAAAAAAUUCAUCCCACGG